GAAGUCCGGUGUUUUGAUGGCUCUAUUGCCCGAGAGCCAGUAGUCGAGGUCCCCACUCUUCCCUGGUCGUGAUUCCGGCCCCACACCCGAGCCGGCACAGUCCGGUUGAGGCUGUGGCGGCGACUGCACCUGCCGCCAUGCACGACGCCUUCGAGCCGGUGCCGAUCCUAGAAAAGCUGCCUCUGCAGAUCGACUGUCUGGCUGCCUGGGAGGAAUGGCUGCUUGUUGGAACAAAACAAGGUCAUCUUCUUCUCUAUAGGAUUCGGAAAGAUGUUGGUUGCAACAGGUUUGAAGUGACAUUAGAGAAAUCCAAUAAGAACUUCUCCAAAAAGAUUCAGCAGAUCCACGUGGUCUCCCAGUUUAAGAUUCUGGUCAGCUUGUUAGAAAAUAAUAUUUACGUCCAUGACCUGUUGACAUUUCAACAAAUCACUACGGUUUCCAAGGCAAAGGGAGCAUCGUUGUUCACAUGUGACCUCCAGCACACAGAGACUGGGGAGGAGGUGUUGCGGAUGUGUGUGGCUGUGAAAAAGAAGCUGCAGCUCUAUUUCUGGAAAGACAGGGAAUUUCACGAAUUGCAGGGGGACUUUAGUGUACCAGAUGUGCCCAAGUCCAUGGCAUGGUGUGAAAAUUCUAUCUGUGUGGGCUUCAAGAGAGACUACUACCUAAUAAGGGUGGAUGGAAAGGGGGCCAACAAAGAGCUCUUCCCAACAGGAAAACAGCUGGAGCCCUUAGUUGCACCUCUGGCGGAUGGAAAAGUAGCCGUGGGUCAGGAUGAUCUCACCGUGGUGCUCAAUGAGGAGGGGAUCUGCACACAGAAGUGUGCCCUGAACUGGACAGACAUCCCAGUGGCCAUGGAGCACCAGCCUCCCUACAUCAUUGCAGUGUUGCCUCGAUAUGUGGAAAUCCGAACAUUUGAGCCGAGGCUUCUGGUCCAGAGCAUUGAACUGCAAAGACCCCGUUUCAUUACCUCGGGCGGAUCAAACAUUAUCUAUGUGGCCAGCAAUCACUUUGUCUGGAGACUCAUUCCAGUCCCCAUGGCGACACAAAUCCAGCAGCUUCUCCAGGACAAGCAGUUUGAAUUGGCUUUGCAGCUCGCAGAAAUGAAAGAUGAUUCCGACAGUGAAAAGCAGCAACAGAUCCAUCACAUCAAGAACUUGUAUGCCUUCAACCUCUUCUGCCAGAAGCGUUUCGAUGAGUCCAUGCAGGUCUUUGCUAAACUUGGCACAGAUCCUACCCAUGUGAUGGGCCUGUACCCAGACCUGCUGCCCACAGACUACAGGAAGCAGCUGCAGUACCCUAACCCACUGCCUGUGCUGUCUGGGGCUGAGCUGGAGAAGGCUCACUUAGCUCUGAUUGACUACCUGACUCAGAAACGAAGCCAAUUGGUAAAGAAGCUGAAUGACUCUGAUCACCAGUCUAGCACCUCCCCUCUCAUGGAAGGGACUCCUACCAUCAAAUCCAAGAAAAAGCUGCUGCAGAUCAUUGACACCACCCUGCUCAAGUGCUACCUUCAUACGAACGUGGCCCUAGUGGCCCCCUUGCUCCGUCUGGAGAACAAUCACUGCCACAUCGAAGAGAGCGAGCACGUGCUGAAGAAGGCUCACAAGUACAGCGAGCUGAUCAUCCUGUACGAGAAGAAGGGGCUCCACGAGAAAGCUCUGCAGGUGCUGGUGGACCAGUCCAAGAAAGCGAAUUCCCCCCUGAAAGGCCAUGAGCGGACAGUGCAGUACCUGCAACAUCUGGGCACAGAAAAUCUGCAUUUAAUUUUUUCCUACUCAGUGUGGGUGCUGAGAGACUUUCCAGAGGAUGGCCUGAAGAUAUUUACUGAGGACCUCCCAGAGGUGGAGGCUCUGCCACGAGACCGAGUGCUGGGCUUCUUAGUGGAGAAUUUUAAGGGUCUGGCUAUUCCUUACCUGGAGCACGUCAUCCACGUUUGGGAGGAGACCGGCUCUCGGUUCCACAACUGCCUGAUCCAGCUGUACUGUGAGAAGGUGCAAGGUCUGAUGAAGGAGUAUCUCCUGUCCUUCCCUGCAGGCAAAGCUCCAGUCCCUGCUGGUGAGGAGGAAGGAGAGCUGGGAGAAUACCGACGGAAGCUCCUUAUGUUCUUGGAAAUUUCCAGCUACUAUGACCCAGGCCGGCUCAUCUGUGAUUUUCCUUUUGAUGGCCUCUUGGAAGAACGUGCUGUCCUGCUGGGACGCAUGGGGAAACACGAACAAGCUCUCUUCAUCUACGUCCACAUCCUGAAAGACACAAGGAUGGCUGAAGAGUACUGCCACAAGCAUUAUGACCAAAACAAAGAUGGCAACAAAGAUGUGUAUCUGUCCCUGCUCCGGAUGUACCUGUCACCCCCCAGCGUGCACUGCCUGGGUCCGAUCAAGCUGGAACUGCUGGAGCCACAAGCCAACCUCCAGGCCGCCCUGCAGGUCCUGGAGCUACACCACAGCAAGCUGGACACCACCAAGGCCAUCAACCUGCUGCCCGCGAACACUCAGAUUAACGACAUACGCAUCUUUCUGGAGAAGGUCUUAGAAGAGAAUGCCCAGAAGAAAAGGUUCAACCAAGUGCUCAAGAACCUUCUCCAUGCAGAGUUCCUGAGGGUCCAGGAAGAGCGCAUUCUACACCAGCAGGUGAAGUGCAUAAUCACAGAGGAGAAGGUGUGCAUGGUGUGUAAGAAGAAGAUUGGGAACAGUGCAUUUGCAAGAUACCCCAAUGGGGUGGUCGUGCAUUACUUCUGCUCCAAAGAGGUCAACCCAGCUGACACCUGAGCCCAGCAGGCCGAGGACUGAGCGGCGGACAGCUCGGCCACCCCAGAGGGGAGAGCCCUGGCUUCGGGGAUCGGGACUGCUGCCACCACCGGGUGUCUCCCCGUUUGGACACUGGCUCCCUUGAGCCCUGGAACAUUUCUGAAUUAUUCAGACUUGUGUUCUGACGUUGCCAGAUUUUUGAUAGGAAAAGAAAUUAGUUACACCUUUUAUACCAUUAUGUUGCAGGCAGUUUCGGAGAAUUGGAUACCUGCUUGGGCAGAAAGAGAUAGGAAGGGCACCAUCCUGCCUUUGCAUUCCAGUCACCCAAAUACGGAAACUAUCUCAAGUGUUUGAAACCCUCCUGGGGGUUGUUUAUUCAGUUUUCUAUUAGGAUGCACAUAGGACUUCACAGGAGCCUUCAGCUCGGCUGCCUGGAGUCCCUUGAGCAGAGAAGCCCCAGAGCCCCUCUGACUGCAGAGGCUGGACGGGUCCGCCCUCUAGGUAACGCUGGUCACUUCAUAGUUGCUGACCCUGCAUCCCCUCACCUGUGUCCCCAAUCAACUCUUGAUUUUUCAGUCUCCUUCUCUAUUUAUUUUCUUCCUUUAUCUCUCCCCUCACUGCUCCACCCAGGCUUUCUCUCCCAUUUUCCUGACACCAGGAAUUUUGAACAAGGUAAAAUGAGAAGCAAGAGGAAGUCCUGAUUUCUAGGAAUACAUUGAUAACUGACUGUCACGUGUGUUGUAAAUAGAACCUCCUUGGACUGUGCACUCCAUGCCCAGAAGCUUAGAAGAGCAUCGUUCUCAGGGCCGAGUGUGACAGUAGCUCUCAGGGUGGGCUGCCCUGGGUAUGUGACCUCUUGGCAGAUGUCUGCAGAGGCUCCUGCUCCAGGUUCAUCCUCCAGCCCCCCAGAGCAGGUUGGUUUAGGCUUGCUGAGCAGAGUGCUUCGUGCUUGGGGCGCCUUUCUCUUUCCAGCCCAUGUCGUGCACCCACUUUGGCCUGGCCAUCGUUCUCCAGCUUUCUUUUGCAAGAGUUGGAGGAUUGCGCUGGGACGUGGGUGGUAGGGGGAUCCCUGCUGCACACGGGAAACGAUCAGAAACUGACAAUGACGAUGCUGGGUGUGCUUGUGCGGGGCUCGGGGACAGCCGAGAAUGCUGGUGGGGCGCAGGAGCUCGUGACAAAACUCACCGCCAAACUUGGGGGAGCCCUUGUUCAGAGGAGACCCCGUCUCCCAUAGGGCCCCAGAGCCCACAGGCCGAGUCCCCAGCACUGCAAGCUGAAGACACACAGGGAGAGCACCCUGUAUCCUGUCCUCCCUGGGGGCUUUCAGACUCACCUGACCCCAGAGUCUAACAGCUUUGAGGGUAGGUGACAGCGCCCGAUACUGACACUGCUCUGGUGGCCUGUCCUUGACAUGCCGAGAUCCUUUUUAAACCGCAGCAUUGUGCUGUUUGGGGCCUGUGUUGUAGCCUGACUUGCUGGUGAUGUACACGAGGCUCCUCCCAGGCACACCCUCCAUGGAGGGUCUGAAGGGACAAGAGCCAUCAACGUUGUUCACAGAGAUGGGGGACCCUGCUCAGUUUUGGGAGGCCGAACAGCAUAUCACAAGAUCCACAUCCCACUGGCCAUGCCCCUGCUAAGAAGCAGGGCCACCGUGGGCCCCAUUUGCACCAGUUCUGAGCACCAGGCUGAGUUUCCUUUGGAGCAGCAGCCGAAACUGGCCCCAGCCCACACGCCCUGCCUUCCUGGCCUCCAUGGGUGCACCUCCCGUUCCCACCACCUGUGUGGCACACGUGUUUGAAGCAAUAGAAUAAAAAAUGUGUGUUUCCUUCCCUGCUGGAAUGUAUAAAUGACCCAGUUUUCCCGAACUCCAUUCUCUUGCCAUAGACUCUCUGCCCUCCACGGAGGUGUGGCGAAGGCUGGAGAUGAAUGCACUAUGGUGAGGACUGGCAAAGCUCUCAUAAUAAACAUCUUGAAGUAAGAAA